CGGCUUGUGGAUGGAGCUGGUCUCUGCUCUGGGAGAGUGGAGGUGAAGUCCAAUCAGUCCUGGGCCUCAGUGUGUGAAGCUGACUUUGACCAGCAGGAUGCAGAGGUAGUCUGUAGGGAGCUUGGUUGUGGGGCUCCUGCAGCUCUACAGGGGGGGCUCUAUGGAGAAGGUGAGGGUCAGACCUGGGAUAAAGAGUUCCAGUGUAAAGGCAAAGAGUCCCUUCUCCUGGAUUGUGACACCUCAGACAGAGAGAACAACACCUGCCUACCUGGUAAUGCUGUUGGGUUCACCUGCUCAGAGCCUGAUGAUGUGAGGCUGGUGGGAGGAGGCAGUCGCUGUGCUGGUGGAGUGGAGUGGUACGACCAGGGAGAGUGGAGGACUGUGGGAGCUGACUGGAACAAGGAGAAUGUAGCUGUAGUAGUGUGUAGACAGCUGGGUUGUGGUUCCACUGUUUUAGUACCACCUGGAAACACCAAUAGAGGGAUUGGAGUUUUCUGUUCUGGGUCUGAGCCUUCACUGAGGGAAUGUUCCAGAAGUUAUUAUCUCCGCCCUGGACUCACAGUGAUCUGCUCAGAUGACUCCCACCAAGGGAACUACAGAUGUGUUUAUGAGACUUAUGUUUUCUCUCAUAACUUCUCCUCUGAGAGUGAGCUCCUCCCCCUCACCAUCACAGCCUCUCCUCUGCCAGCCUUCAUCAUCAGACACGUUGUAGUGCUGCUGAUUCUACUGACAACAAUCACCACCUCCUACCUGUACUACAAGCCCACCAGCAGGCAGAAGAGAGUGAACAGGGUGAGCAGCAUGGAUCUUUAUGUCAAUGCCAUGGAGAUGGUCUCUCUGAGCUCCAGAGCUGAAGAUGGACUGGGAGAGGAGAGAGCAGCCCAGGGGACGGAGUAGGAGGAGAAUGAAGCUGACCCUACAUGCUGAUCUUAGGUCAGUUUUGUGUUUUAAAUCGAUGGUCAGCAGUGGACUGAUGUUUAAAAUGUGGUGACAAACCUGAAGUGGUUUUAAUUUUAAUAACAAGUUCAGAAUUAGUUUAUCUUUCUAGUACCUUGGAAGAAAUCUAAAAGUAGUGACUGCAACCACCAUUAUUCAUUUAGUUUGGUUUUUACCACCAGAGUAACAUGGGGUUUUGGUAACAUGGGGUUUGGGUGACAUGGGGUUUUUGGGUGACAUGGGGUUUUUGGGUAACAUGGGGU